CCCUUGUUGACCUCAUUAUUCUGUUUUGUGUUGCUUGAGAAGACCGGGUACUGAGAUCUCGAAUUUCAGUCAUGAGAUCGACACACGUGCGCUACUACAACAUGGAACCAGUCAUUCUUCUGUUGAUGGUGAUGACCUGCAACGGGUUGUCAUGGGUAAACAACAUGCUAAACGUCACGGCUUGCAAGGGACAGGUCGCAACGUUCAACUGGCUUUACAAACUGUCGCCAAGUGAAAAGGUCUCUCAGAUAGCCUGGGCCAAAGAACCAACAACUGACAUUUCAGUUUGGGACGGGUCCAAAUUCUUCAUCCCGGAUGGCCCAUUCCACGAUCGGGUGGAACAAUUUCAAAAUGGGACGCUUAUUUUAAAAUCGUCCGAGAUGGACGACCUUGGUACUUAUACAGUGCAGUUGACGGUAGAUGACCCCGACGCUGGAACGAAAAUAUCAUCAACAGCUAAAGGCGUUUUACACGUGCAGGACUGGGCUGCACCCUCACUUAGGAGCCCACCAGCUGACAGCAGCCCCCCUGUCGAUGGAUGUAAAGAGUUUCGCUGUUUUGAGAAUCUCGUGUUUCUCGGUCGACCGCCCGUGCAGUUCCAGUGGAAGCACGACGAUGACGUCAUUAACGCAAGCAGUCGAGGCAGCUACAGCUACCUGUCGGUGUGUUCCGACGACGACAAGGGACAAUACUCGUGUCAGCUAAUCGGCGACGCUCUACAGUGCCUAUCUCCGGAAGAUGCUAUGAGAAACCCAGUGGUGUUCAAUGUUCCAGACCCAAAGGCAUCAGCAAGCUCGGGUCUGUCUGCGGUAGGAGUUGGUAUUUCCAUCACCGUGGGGAUAGUUCUGCUUAUAGCCGCCAGUCUCUUACUGGUCGUCUGGUGGCGGAGAAAGAAGAAGCAAGAGCAGAACUACAACACAACAUCAGCCGAGAAGGAGAAAAUGACACCUGAAGAACAACAUCUUCGAGAUGAGAAGAACCCCGAGGCAUAACGAGAUCACGAGAACCAGUCAUGCAGGCGCGUGUGCAAACAUGUAUUUAGUGGGAGGGUGUAGACGGUGGCGAGUGAAGAUUCUAAGGGGGUCGAGUGAUGUUCCUUCCUGAAAAUAUAUUUAAUAAAACGAAAAAAAAAAAAACACAUCCGAAAAAACAACAACAACCGAUUUGGACAGGGAGGGGUGUUCAACCACCGACCCCAACCCCCCUCCCGCACACACGCCUAUUUAGCCAGAUACCCGCGCUUAUAAAACUGCGAAAAUCCAGUACAGUUGGUAUGGUGUUGUCAUGGCAUUAUUGUAAAUUUCCAGACUGUUGGAUGUCAAUGAUCAGGUCUUGUGGAUAUAGUGAAUACAACACGAGAGGCCGCUAAAUACUAUUUGUCUUACAAGAAGAUGUUUUAAAACGUAUCUAACGAGCGAAAGCGAGUUGGUAAAGUUUUUGUCUCCCACGGCAAUUUUUAAAAGAAUUGCAAUGGGUGAAACAGUCCACCGACGGCAAUUUUGAACCUGCCUAUGUCAU